AUGACUCCUCCCCUGAUUACUCUCGAGGAGCACUUCCUCGCAUCUAGCGCCGAGUCCCUCCGGAAACUCUACUCCGAGCAGCUGGCGCACAUCCCCGGACUGUCCGACAAGAUGCAGGACACGGGUCCCCUACGACUCCAGUCCAUGGACCAGGGCCACGUCUCUUUCCAGAUCAUGUCCCACGUGCCGGGCGGGAUGCCCCUGGAGCAGUGCAGAGCCGCCAACGACCAGUGUGCCGCGGCCAUAAAAGCCAAUCCCACCCGCUUCGCCGGAUUUGCCGUCCUGCCCAUGGCGGACCCGGAGCACUCGGCACAAGAGCUCCGCCGCUGCAUCAAGGACUUGGGAUUCGUCGGCGCGCUCAUCGACAACCGGAACGGUAACACGUACUACGACGGGGAGGAAUACCUUCUCUUCUGGGAGGCAGCAGAGGAGCUGAAUGUGCCCAUAUACCUGCACCCGACCUGGCCAACGCAGGUGCAGACGGACCUCCUGUACACAGGAAACUUCACCACAGGCGCGAGCGCGAGCAUGGGGGCCUCGGGCUGGGGCUGGCAUUCCGACGUCGCGCUGCACGUGCUGCGGCUUUUCGCAUCCGGCGUCUUCGACAAGUUCCCCCGGCUCAAGAUCGCCGUCGGGCACAUGGGCGAGAUGCUCCCGUUCAUGCUGCAGCGGAUCGCGCAGCUGUCUGUCCGCUGGGGGCAGAGGACGCGUCUCUUCCGGCAGGUCUACGACGAGAAUAUAUGGAUCACGACAAGCGGCGUCUGGAGCGUCGAUCCCAUGGCGACUAUCCUGCGGAACACGAGGAUAGAGCAUAUUCUGUAUAGUGUCGAUUACCCGUUUGCGAAGAACGAGGACGGGCUGGCGUUCAUGAGGGAGCUGGAGGCGAGCGGAUUGGUUACGCCGGAUCAGCUGGAGAGGAUUGCGUAUAAGAACUCCGAGGAGCUGUUCGGAGUCAAGGCCACCAAGACUUUCGGUUGA